GAAACAUUUAAAGUAGAAAAAUGGCAAAAGUAAUUAGCAUGACGUUUAUAAUUAUGAUACUAGCGGUAAUAGUGAUAGAAGGCGACGCAAAAUCAGAGAUAGAAUGCAGUAAGAUUUGUCGAGAGCACUGUAAACGCUCAUCACCAGCAUCUGAAUGUGCGGCUUGUCGUAAAAAAUGCUACGAAUCUCCACCAGUUGCAGUGAGAGCCAGGAAUCCCAUCAUGGAGUUAGAAGAGCAAAAAUAUCAUUUGUUUUAGUUAAAUAUAAUAUAUAUGGUGAUUUAUAGAUGGAGAGGUCAAUACAUUUUAAUAUUUCUAUGCAACUGAUUAA